AUGGCUUCUUCGGAUGUGGAUCAGAAAUUCCUCGGUCGUCUAGCAAAAGCAACCCGCGAUUCGAACCCUCUCUUGUCCGCCUCGCUGUUCCAGAUCCUUGGUCUCUCCGUCCUCCUCUCGCGGAGGCUCUUCCGAGCGCGAAAGUUGCGGAAGUUAGAUACAUCGCGCGACACCAAGUCUCUGGCAUUGUAUCAACAUAUCCUAUGGAUAUCACGAGAGGGCCUCUCAAUUCUUGAGCUCUACGUCCUGCCGUACGCGCAAGACGGUCAGCAAGGACACGAAUGUCAGGUGUUGAGCGUCAAGCUGCGCGCCAGCUUCUACCAUAUCUUCUGUCUGUUCCACAACCAGCCACCUCCACUAUCUCCACGACAAGACAAUGGCCAAUCCCGCCGUGGUCCUACUUCUCCGUUCACAGCUCGUGGCAAGCUGCCAACUCUGCGCGAGCCGAUCGAGUCCAUCACGUCCGAGACCUCCUUCCUUACAAAUCCUUACGCCGCAGGUGGCCCUGUCGGAACACCAUCCCCACAUCCUCCAGCACCGCCAGGUCUGAAUCCGAUCCCGAUUCCGCAGCCAUCCUCCUUCAUCCUUCCACCUCUCAAUUUCCUCCCUCUAGCUGACGCGCACUUCAAGACUGCGCAAGAUUAUGCCAACGUAAGACUGCAUGGCUCUCACCCCCUCCGCCUCUCUGUGGCUCUUGAAUACGCCGCUUUUCUGUGGGACUGCCAGCACGAUCACGACGGCGCCCGACGCCUCUCUCGCAAGGCCAUUAAAGACGUCUAUCGUGCGCAGGAGAGCAUAGACGAUGCCGAAUUCGAAGAUGCAGCCGAGCUCGUGAGUGUGCUAGGCCGGAUGAUGAAGCGAAAGAGCUGGGAAGGCACA